GAGUCGAUCUGAGUAAGCUCAUCCUUCAAUCUCAGUCUUUUUGUUGCAUCUGAGCAAAACACCCAAAACCGAAUGUCGUCCGUCUACAAGACUAACGCGCAGGGCGAGACGGUGAUUGCCGCGUCACGGCGCCCAGACGGCACCAUGCGCAAGGAGCGACGCGUCAAGGCCGGAUACAUUCCGCAGGCAGAGCAGCCCAAGUAUGUCAAUCCGAUGCGCGCGGAUGAACCUCCUGUGAUUCCUGGGCUCAAGCCUGGAAUGACGGUCGAAGACAUUGCGGCGCAGAAUCAACAGGCCAUGUCCAAGGCUGCCAAAAAGAAUGCCAAACGCAAGGAAAAGAAGAAGCAAGGCCAAGACGGCGAGGGAGACGACGACGAAGAUGUCUCGCAAGUUUCAGACCAGGUGCAGCAGAUCUCGCUGGCUGAGCAGGCUGAGAUUGACAGUCUUCGCGCCGCUGCCUUCCCCGCCGGGUCGAUCGGUCGAAAGGCUGCUGAUUCGCAUCCGGGCGCGUCGUCCUCUGCCGCUGCCGCUGCUGCUGCCGAAUCCUCCACAGGUGAAGACCUGUCCGAUCCUGCUGCGCAAGCUCGGCACUUGCGAGGGUUGAAGAAGAAGCUGCGACAGAUUGUUGAGCUUGAAGAAUCGCUCAAGCGCACCCCCGACGCAGCUCCUGAUGCCAAUCAGCUGGAAAAGCUUUCGCGUCGCCAAGCUAUUGAAGAGGAGAUUGCUUUGCUUGAGAAGCAAGCAUGACAUGACAUGCGCUUCUCGACAAUGAUGGGUGCCCGUUUUCAAUAACAACAACAACAAUAACAAAAAAACAAUUGAACAACA